UUUUAACACUUUAUAAAUCGAAAAUAUACACGAGUUUUCCGAGUUUUAUUCCACAAGCCGCAAUUAUUAAUUACUAUCCGAUUGGAACUUCUUUAUCUGGACACACCGAUCACUCCGAGAUGAAUCACGAAGCACCGCUAUUCUCAUACAGUUUCGGCCAAACUGCUAUAUUUCUAAUAGGUCACCGUUCACUAGAAGAAGAACCUAGUGCUCUGUAUCUCAGGAGUGGAGAUGUUCUAGUUAUGUCAAAGGAAUCGCGACUCUGCUAUCAUGCCGUUCCGCGCAUUUUGAAAGCUUUUGAAGAUCCUUGGAACAAUUUUUUUUCAAAUCCUCAAGAAAAGAUUGGGGACACAUUUACUACUUCAAUGAAUUUAGCAUUAUUCGAACAAGUCAAUGACGAAUUAUUUUGGAAGCCGUUUGACCGCUAUGUCAGUGAUUGUCGCAUAAAUAUUAAUAUUCGUCAGGUCUACCAUUCAGAUAAUAUGUGCUUGUAGCGAUUGAUUUUUUUUUUUUUUUUUUUGUGUUUUCUUUUAUAAAUAAAAAUACUAAUGUUACGAAA